UACACAUCUGUGUAAUAAUAUAUAUUGUAAAUUAUACAAUGCAAGAGGAUGUUGAAGUAGACACUACGGCAGAAGUAAUAGAAUUGACAGAAGCUUGGUCACUUUGUAACGAAGAUAUCUACCGCAUUGCAAAUCAACUUUUAUCUUUGGCCUUUGCUGCUAAAUAUUUUGGUACGGAUUUCAAUCGUGCACGCAUUUGGGAUUGCUGUGUAGCAUUUUAUGCCGAGCUGCGGGCUUUGGGUGAACAGGUAGAACCCCGCGCAAACUUCAAUUACGACUGUGUGCACCAGAUAUUGAAGCGUACUCUUGAUCCUGAGUUUGUAAAACAGGAAAACGAGGAUGUCUUAGUUGAGGAAGACAAAACAGCUGUGUUUUCAAUUUGUCCUAUAUCUCGAAGACCUAUAUCACAUCCGGUAUCUCAGCGCUUUUCAAGUGGUGAAGACUCGUGUGAUCACGUGUUUGAUCAUACUAGCAUAGAGGAAUUACUCCGUUCUUCCAAUUUUAAUGUUGUAAAUUGCCCUGUUGCAGCUUGUAACAAAAAAGUUUACAAAUCAAGAUUACACCGUGAUUGGGAAAGCUUGCAUUGGCGUCGUCAGCAAGAUUAUAAUAAAGCAGUAGACUCUGCAAAGGAAGUAUUCAACAAGUGUGGAUUAUAUUUAUGAU